AUGCCUGGUGGUGCGGCCACCCGUGGCUACGACAGAGAGCGCAUUGACCAUGCAGACGAGGACGACUUGGCCUCUCCUUCAGCGUCAGGCCUGCCGCCGUCGCCGCCGUCGCCCGUGCCGAAUGUGGCUCUGGCGGCUACCCGCGGCCCGCUCACUGUCUCGCAGCUCGAGCCCGAGUCGGCCAACGAUGUGAUGGACACGUCGGCUGAUGGGUAUGAGUACGAGUACGAAGUAGAGUAUGUUUACGACGCCGACGCCGAGGAGCGCUUGGCGACGCCGACCGAGGCGGUGCCGCGGCCUCCGGAACUCUCGCCGAUCCACAACUCGCCGUCUCGGUUUGAGUUUGUGGAGGAGGUCUAUGGCGUCGACGAGUCACAGGUCAACUACGGCGUCAAGCUGUACGAGGAGGCGAUGCGGCGGCGUGCAGCGCGUGAAGCAGCAGUGGUGGCGUCCCGGGCCGAGGCCGAGCGGUCGCUGACGCGCGACGCGUUUCGGCCGCGGCUGGGCCCAACUGCCGUCUCGACGCAGUUCCAGGAUCCAGACUUUGUGACCCGGCUCCAGCGGGUUUCCGAGUACUCGCAGGAGCAGCGCGAGGCGCUUCGGGCCGAGGUCGAGGACGAAGUUCUCGCCGAGUGCACCUUUGAGCCGCGUAUUUCGGCCAAGUCGAAGCAGAUCAUGAAGCGGAAGGAGGAGCAGCUUGCGGCAAAGCGGGCCGGGCACGACCCGUUGGCGUCGAUGCUUGACCGGUUCAACCACUACGAGGCCAAGCGGGUGGACCGGCUCAAAGACCUCAUCAAGCUCCGCGAGGAGGAGCUCGAGGUGACCGGCUCGCCAGCCAUCUCGGCGUACUCGCAGGCUAUUGAGCGGACCGACUCGCUCUCAGUCCACGAGCGGCUGUACGCCAAGGGUGCCGAGCACCUCAAGCUCCGCAAGAUGAAGUCUGUGGCGCUCGCGGACCGGCUGUAUGAGGAGGCGUGCCAGCCCAAGCCUGUGGUGCAUGACAUUGCGGUGCCGUCGAUCAAGCGCGACUACGACCGGACGCGACUCCUGGUGCGUGCGCAGCGGUCGGCGCUCGGCGUCCACGAGGCGCUAUACCAUGAGGCCAAGGCGCGGCAAGAGACCAAGCGCAAGCGUGAGCUCCGCGCCCAGUUUGAGGAGGAGCUCCUCCACGCUGCACCCAAGAUGUCGGCCAAGUCGCAGGCCAUCAUCCGGUCCAAGCUCUCCGCCGAGUCGGUGUCGAAGCUCUUUGCGCAGGCCGACGUUGAUGAGACCGGCGACCUCUCGCGCGACCAAGUCGAGCACCUCUUUGUCGAGCUCGGCUGGUUUGUCUCACGCUCGGUCGACAAGCACAAGCCGCGCAUCCAGGAGGAGCAGGCCAUGCUCGACUCGGUGUGGACGCAUCUCGAUCCAGACGGCACCGGGCGGGUCGAGCCGGAGAGCCUGCACGCGUUUGUCGACUCGGUUGUCGAGUCGGACCCGGUGCUCUCAUCGGCAACGCCGGCCGAUGUGAUGGCAAGGGUCCACGGCGCCGCCGACUCGGCGUCGGACUCGGGCGCUGUGCUGGAUGCGCUGAUGGAGGCCGACGGGAAGCUGGCGGCGGCGUUUGCGGCGCGGCCGGAAAUUGUGCAGUUUGUGGAGCUCAUCCGGACCAAGUCUGCGUACGAGGCCCUCCACCGGGCGCCCAAGACGCCAGUCCUCGACGACGACUGCACCUUUCAGCCGCAGGUCAUGGUGACGAACCGAACGGCCAAGCUGGAGGCCAAGGCGCUAGCGCGCUUGAUUGUCAAGAACCCGGAGCUCUCGCGGUCGCCGAACCGGCGGCAUGAAAUCAUCGAGGAGCGGGCCAAGAUUGCGCGGCGCAAGGCCGAGGUCAAGCGGCUGGCGGCGCUCGACGCCAAGCUCAAGGAGUGCACCUUUUCGCCCAAGGUCAACAAGUACACUAAGGCCGCGCCGCCGUCGGCAGCAAGCGGCGCGACAGCGUCGCCGUCAGCAUCCAAGUCGUCGCCGGCUCGGGCGGCCAUGAAGUGGCAGGCCAAGCUCUCGACCGAGGAGCGCGAGAUCCUGGAGCACUGCAAGUUCAGCCCGGCCAUCCGCGAGCCUCCGCGGUCGAUCCUGUACCCCAAGGCGUCGCCGCUGGCCAAGGUUAAGGGCGUCGAGAAGGCAGUCAAGCUCAUGACCAGGGGCCGUGCCGACCGCGAGGAGAAGCGCCGGCUGAACGCGCCACUCCACGACUGGGAGUCGGAGGACUCGGCGCCGGCGGUGGCGGCUCGGAGCGGCAAGGCGCGCCGGGCAAAGGUUGGGCAGGCGGCUGAAAAGCGCCGGCGCGACUCGGUCGACGACACAACGUCGGUCGUCUCGGACGUCUCCAUUGAUCCAAUCCUCUUUGUCAUGGACGUCAACCUCGGCAUGGGCCGGUCCGGCAAGCUCGGCGUCCGCGCCGGCGACGACCCGGCCAUCCUUGCCCGCGAGUUUGGCGCGCAGUACCACCUCGACGCCGGAAUGGUCCGCCAGCUGCAGGUCAUGGUUGCCUCGCACCUCGAAUCGUACCUUUCAUCCAACUACAACAACGAGCUCAUCGACAUCCAUAAGACGCUAACGGCCAAGGCCGCCAGCGACACUCCGGGCGCCGGCGGGCGCAACGACGGUGGCAGCGCUCACGUGCCCAACGCGCAGCCUCAGUAUGAGUACGAGUACGAGUACGAGUUUGUUGACGAUGCUGGGAGCGACCACGAGCCGCCGCAUGCUGCCCUCUACGUCGACCGCGUGGCUGAGCACGGCAGCGAGGGCGCAGCCGGCAGCGAGGGCACCAGCGGCGCCGGCCCACAGGUUGUGCUCGAGCUGAGCGGCGAGGCGCGUGAGGGUGCAGUCCUCAACGCACACGAGAUUUUCAUUGGGUGCGACGCGACCGGCGCGACACGGCGGUGGAUCCGCAUCGAGCCGGCGACCGGGACCAAGAGCGUGAUGACGACUGGGUCGACUGAGCUUGUGGUGACCGGCGAGAUGGCGGGCUACUCGUUUUUGUACCAGUGCCAGCCGGUGGGCGGGCGAUGGACGUCGACGCCGCCGGUGGGGCCUGUGUCAGCGCAGGCGCCUGCCGUGCUGGACCUGGCCAUCGAGGGGCGGCUGAUGGAAGGUGUUACGCUCCGGGUCGGCGGGCAGUAUGCUGGCGGCGAGGAGGGCGCGUCGGAGAUCAAGUGGUACGCACGGUCGAAGCGGUCGACGUCAAAGAACGUGCUGCUAGCUACCGGACGAGAGCUUCCGCUCUCGCUCACCCACGUCGGCAUGACACUUGUGGUCGAGUACCUGCCGGUCCGCAGUGACGGUGAGGUCGGCGAGCUGGCGUCUGCCAUGGCGUCGCACGCGGUCGAGCCUGCGCCGCCGCAGGUCCUCGAGCUCACAUUUGGAUCCGAGCUGGCGGCGUCGCCUCAGGAGGGCGUCGAGCUCACUCCGGUCGGCACGUACUUUGGCGGUGAGCCGGCGCAAAUCCAGCAGUACCGCUGGUACCGCAUUGUCCCGCGCGGUCCCGACCCCAACAACGCCGAGCUGCUCGAGAUUGCCGGCACGAAGCGGUACAUGCCGACUAACGACGACGUCAACCACUUUCUCAAGUUUGUGUGGACCCCCGUUUCGGCAUCGGGCCGGAUGGGCGAGGCUGUGGGCAUCACAACCCGGACUCCUCCACCGCCUAAUGAGGCGCGACGGACAGCGACAGCGUUGUUCAAGUUGCUCAAUCCGGAGCUGUUCAUCAAGCCUCGCCGGUGGGUGAGCUACACGGGGACGGCGGUGGUCCUGGGUGUGGUCGGCUAUCUGUACUACCACAAGCAGAUGAUGGAGAACGACCGCGCGUACAGGCAGAAGCGGCGCGAGGCUCGCCCGCAGUCGGAGAUCGAAGAUGAGCUCGAGUGGCAGGAGGAGGAGAGGCGGCUGGCCAAGAUCGCGGCACGGAGCCGGGCGGCGCAGGCACGGCUUGAGGCGGCGCGGGCGUAUAGCAAGCCGGGUGGAGGCAAAGCGGGCGGGGGCGAUGUGGGCGUGGCGGGCAGCGGGUCAGCCGGGCCUAGUCCUGGGACUUCUUCUCCUGCGAGCUGA